GAGAUCGCAACUAAUUUUUAAUAAUUAAUUUCAUGAGACAUGAGACAAGAUCAAUUUUUGCUAAUACUAAGUGUUUAAAGAGCCAACUGCGACCAAAACAAAAGAGUAAAGUUAAAUGCAUUUAAACAAUCAAAAGUUUUUCCGUUCUAAUUAAACAGAGUAAGCUCGUUGGUGCAACAUGUUCUAGGGUGCAACAUGUUAGUGUGGACAACAUGUUCAAGGGUGCAACAUGUUAGUGUGGACAACAUUUUUUACCGAAAGUUUUUUUUCAAUUACUUUUAUAUUUUUUUUAAACACGUUUUUUUUUUGCAAAAAAUAUCAGUAUUUUAUUUUUAUUUCGACACGUUUUAAAAAUGUUAUUGGGAUUUCAAAUACUUCUUAUAAAUAGUGCAGCAAAGUACAUCAUAAUCAUCAUCUGGAAAAUAGUUAAAAUGUAUUUAAUAAGUAACAAUAUACAAACACAUACUUUUGAAGAUUUUCAAUCGGAAAGAAAUAAUCCAGUUGACGAACAAUAUUUAGAAUUACCGUAUUUUAAUCCAUUAACGGAGUCGUUUGAAACCAGUUUUUUUGAAGAAAAUUUCAAUUUAGAACCUGGAAAUAAAAACGAUAUCAAAAAAAUAAAACGAGAACGUGAUGUAUCACCGCAAACCAAAAAAUAUCGUCAAAUGAAACGCAACGAACGGGAAAGGGCAAGACAAAAUCGAAUAAAUAAUGCCUUUGAUGUUUUAAGAAAAAUGAUUCCAAAUCAUCUUACUCCAUGUAAAAGUGGACAAAAACUGACCCAAAUAGAAACAUUACGUCUCGCGAAAUACUAUAUAGCAAGUCUAAAAGAGCUUCUAGACCAUAAAGAAUCAACCUAAAAGAUCAUGUUGACGAAUCUUUAUAAAACGAAUCUUUAAACUUUAAAAACGUCAAAAAAACAUCUAAAACUUUCAGAUUACAAACAACUCACUAAGCUAAUUAAUAAAAAAGGAAUCAGAAUGAACUUUGUUUGUUUACAAUAGAUUUAGACUUUUUUAUAAUAAGUAACGGAUUUUAUAAAUUUUUGUA